GAGACGGCGAGCUCGCGGCCCGAGCUCCACGGCUACGAGGUCGGCUACCGCUUCGUGGAGCGCAUCGCGCAGGCGCGCGCGCUCGCCGCGGACCACCUCGAGGCGAUCAAGUUCAUCUGCAAGGACGUCUGGAACGAGAUCUUCGGCAAGCAGAUCGACAAGCUCCAGACGAACCACCGGGGCGUCUUCGUCCUCAAGGACUACACCUUCCGCUGGCUCGCGCGCGUGAGCUCCGACGACGCCGAGGCCAUGAAACGCGUCACCGCGAACAUCCUCCAGUUCCCCUGC